AUGGCUGAUUUUCAUUAUGGAGGGACGGACGAGGAGUCUGCUGAGAUCAAGAAACUCAAUGCCGAAGUUCUUGAAGAUACCGAUAAUUUCGAGAGUUGGGAAAAACUUGUUCGCGCAGCAGAGACGUUGGAAGGAGGGUUGAAUCGCAAUUCAAGUCCACAAGCAAUUGCGACAACUCGAGAUUCUUACGAUCGCUUCCUUGCCAAGUUUCCCCUACUAUUUGGAUAUUGGAAGAAGUAUGCAGAUCUGGAAUUCUCCAUAGCUGGCACAGAAGCUGCUGAGAUGGUUUUCGAGAGAGGCAUUGCCAGUAUCGCAACAUCUGUGGACUUAUGGACGGAUUAUUGUUCUUUCAAGGUGGAGACAAGUCAUGAUCCUGAUGUGAUCAGAGAGCUUUUCGAGCGUGGAGCUGUCGCAGUCGGAUUAGACUUCCUUGCGCACCCUUUCUGGGACAAAUAUCUCGAAUUUGAGGACAGAGUUGAAGCCCAUGACAAAAUAUUCGCUAUCUUGAACCGGGUCGUAAAGAUCCCUAUGCAUCAAUAUGCCAGAUAUUUCGAACGCUUCCGCCAAUUAGCUCACACCCGUCCAUUACAAGAGCUUCUCCCUGCCGAACAACUCGAACAAUUUCGCGCGGAUGUUGUAUCCGAAAAUGCCGGUUUCCAGACUGGACCAAAGGGCGAAUUAGAGAUUGAACGCGACAUCAGAACCAAAAUCGAUAAUUUCCAUCUCGAAAUUUUUGCUCGCACACAAGCAGAGACCACAAAACGUUGGACGUACGAGUCUGAAAUCAAGCGCCCUUAUUUCCAUGUCACCGAGCUCGAUAACCAACAGCUUGCAAACUGGCGCAAGUAUUUGGACUUUGAAGAGGCCGAGGGUGAUUAUACCCGUGCUAUUUUCUUAUAUGAGAGGUGUUUAGUAACCUGCGCAUUCUACGAUGAGUUCUGGUUUCGCUAUGCUCGUUGGAUGUCAUCAAAGGAGCGCAAGGAAGAAGAGGUCCGAAACAUAUACCAGCGAGCAAGCACACUUUAUGUGCCUAUCAGCAGACCCGGUAUUAGGCUGCAAUACGCAUAUUUCGAGGAGAUGACCGGCCGUGUCGAUGUUGCGAGGGAUAUACAUCAAGCCAUUCUAGACCGCAUGCCUGGUCAUGUAGAGACAAUAAUUUCCUGGGCCAAUCUUGAACGCCGCCACAAAGGCCUUAAUGCCGCAAUUGAAGUAUAUAAAGCACAGAUCGCUUCGGCAGAACUAGAUAUUUACUCAAAGGCUGCUUUUGUUGUUGAGUGGGCUUUCUUGUUGUGGAAGAUCCAAGGAUCAGUCGAUGAGGCUCGUCAAGUUUUCCAGAAGAACAAACAAUGGUAUCCCGAAAGCCGUCAUUUCUGGACUAAGUACGUGGAGUUUGAGUUGGCGCAGCCCACCAAUUCAGCCUCCGAAGCCGAGCAUCACGAAAGGCUUAAGCAAAUACACAGCGAUAUGAUUAAGACAUCUAUGAGGUUGGAUACUAAGAAGGAAAUUAGCAAUCUAUACUUGGUGUACUUGAGAGAAAGAGGUUCUAAGGAGACCAUGAAGGAAUUCUUGCAGAUUGAUCGAGAAUUGAAUGGUCCUGUAUCAGUUCAACCCGACUACGUCAAAGCGACGGAAUUGGGAAAAGCGACAGAGAACGGAACGAUUCCGGGUGUUGUUGACGCUGCUUCUUUAUUGAAAGGCGAAGUUAGAUACACCACAUACUUCCAACAGCGCAAGCAACCAAUGACCGUUGAUCCUCAAGGCCUCGCAUCGUUCCAUUAA